AUGUUUUCUUCUUAUUUUACUUCAAUUGUUAUCAAAUGGACUUCCUUUACACAAUUCAACUUCUUCUUCUUAUUCCUUCUUUUCUUAACCUCUCAAUACGACGCCGUUUCGCCCUACUCCGACAAAUCAACUCUUCUCCGUUUCAAAAAUUCACUUUCCGACCCCGCCGGCGUACUCUCCACGUGGAACCCUUCCUCCGGCCACUGUUUAUGGUAUGGUAUCCGCUGUGAUUCAGAUUUCCGCGUCGUUGCUAUCAACAUCACCGGUAACGGCGGCGGCGGUGAUGGUCACCGGAGCUCACAUCCUUGCUCCGAUUUUGGUAUGUUUCCUCUUUACGGAUUUGGAAUUAGGAGAAGUUGUGUUGGUAUUAAGAGUUCUUUGUUAGGAAAGUUUCCAUCUUUGAUCAGUGAGUUAACUGAGCUUAGGGUUCUUUCUUUACCCUUCAAUGGGUUGGAGGGUUCAAUUCCUCAAGAGAUUUGGAGUAUGGAGAAACUUGAAGUUCUUGAUUUGGAAGGUAAUUUGAUUAGUGGAUAUCUUCCUUUUCAUAUUCAAGGUUUGAAAAAAUUGAGGGUUUUGAACUUAGGGUUUAAUAAGAUUGUUGGGGAGGUACCUAGUGUUUUAUCUUCUCUUGAUAGUUUGGAAGUUUUGAAUUUAGCUGCAAAUGGUUUGAAUGGUUCUGUUCCUGGUUUUGUUGGGAAGCUUAGAGGAGUGUAUAUGUCUUUUAAUCAAUUUAGUGGAGUUAUUCCGGAGGAGAUUGGUGACAACUGUGGGAAGCUUGAGCAUUUGGAUUUGUCUGGUAACUCUUUGGUUCAAGAGAUUCCGAAGAGUUUGGGGAAUUGUGGUGCGUUGAAGACACUUUUGUUGUAUUCAAAUUUGUUGGAAGAGGAAAUUCCUGGUGAAUUUGGGAACCUUAAGAGCCUUGUAGUGUUGGAUGUUUCGAGGAAUACGCUUAGUGGUUCUAUUCCUCGCGAGCUAGGCAAUUGCAAGGAGCUAACAGUUGUUGUUCUAUCCAACCUUUUUGAUCCGAUUGGGGAUGUUGAGUUUGUUACUUUGAACGAUGAGUUGAAUUAUUUUGAAGGUUCAGUGCCUGAGGAAGUUGUGUCGCUCCCCAAGCUUACGAUUUUGUGGGCUCCGAUGGUGAAUUUGGAGGGAAGUUUUCCUAGGAAUUGGGGUGCUUGCGGUAACUUGGAGAUGGUUAGUUUGGCUCAGAAUUUCUUCACUGGAGAGUUCCCGAAUCGGCUUGGUUUAUGCAAGAAGCUGCAUUUUCUUGAUCUGAGCUCAAACAAUCUUACUGGUGAGCUUUCGAAGGAACUUCAUGUUCCAUGUAUGACUGUGUUUGACGUUAGUGGGAAUAUGUUGUCUGGUUCAGUUCCUGAUUUCUCCAAUAAUGUUUGUUCUCCCUUUCCUUCUUGGAAUGGAAAUCUGUUCGAAUCUGACAAUCCUGCAUCUCCUUAUGCAUCAUAUUUCAUAUCGAAGGCCCGGGAGAGAACCCUUUUCGCAUCAUUAGGGGGAGUUGGUCUUUCUGUUUUUCACAACUUAGGGCAAAACAACUUCAGUGGCAUUCAGUCAUUGCCAAUAGCAGGAGACAGGAUGGAGGAAAAGAGCGGUUACACCCUUCUUGUCGAUCAGAACGAGUUCACAGGACCGUUUCCUACAUAUUUGUUAGAGAAAUGUGAAGGAUUAGAUGCAUUGCUUUUGAAUCUGAGUUUUAAUAAACUAUCUGGUGAGAUUCCUUCUAAUAUUAGUAGAAUGUGUAAAUCACUGAAAGUUUUGGAUGCAUCUGGAAAUCGAAUUUCAGGAGAAAUUCCCUUUACCGUGGGGGAUUCGGUCUCUCUUGUUUCCUUGAACCUUAGUAAAAACCAGUUAGAUGGUCAGAUUCCCGCCAGCCUUGGACAGAUGAAGGAUCUGAAAUUCCUCUCUUUGGCUGGUAAUAAUUUGAGUGGCUCAAUUCCUGCCAAUCUGGGGAAGUUGUACUCUUUACAAGUCUUGGACCUUUCUACUAACUCUCUUAGUGGUGAGAUUCCAAAGUUUAUUGAGAACAUGAGAAAUCUGACCGACGUUUUGCUCAAUAAUAACAACCUUUCUGGACACAUUCCUGCUGGUUUGGCAAAUGUUACCACACUCUCUAUAUUAAAUGUGUCUUUCAAUAACUUAUCUGGAUACUUGCCAUCAAAUAGUAGCUUGAUCAAAUGCAGCAGUGCUGUUGGGAAUCCGUUUCUAAGUUCCUGCCGUGGAGUUUCUCUAACUGUGCCAUCGGCAAAUCAACAAGGGCAGUUUGAAGACAACUCUUCUAUUACUGCACAAUCCACUGGAAAAAAUAGUGAUAAUGGUUUCAGUGCUAUUGAAAUAGCAUCUAUUACUUCUGCUUCAGCCAUUGUUUCUGUUCUUAUAGCUCUCAUUGUUCUGUUCUUCUUCACACGAAGGUGGAAGCCGAAUUCCAGGGUUGGUGGUUCUGCCAAAAGAGAAGUUACGGUGUUUACUGAUAUCGGUGUCCCGUUGACAUUUGAAAAUGUUGUCCAAGCCACAGGAAAUUUCAAUGCAAGCAACUGUAUUGGGAGUGGAGGAUUUGGUGCAACUUAUAAGGCAGAGAUAUCACAAGGAAUCUUGGUGGCAGUGAAACGUCUUUCAGUUGGACGUUUCCAAGGUGUUCAACAGUUUCAUGCAGAGAUUAAGACCCUUGGAAGGCUUCAUCAUCCAAAUCUUGUCACUUUGAUCGGUUACCAUGCUUGUGAGACAGAGAUGUUUCUCAUAUACAAUUAUCUUCCAGGUGGUAAUCUUGAAAAGUUCAUCCAGGAGAGAUCCACAAGGGCUGUAGAUUGGAAAAUUCUUCACAAGAUUGCAUUGGACAUAGCGCGCGCACUUUCCUAUCUGCACGAUCAAUGUGUACCACGUGUUCUUCAUCGCGAUGUCAAGCCUAGCAAUAUCUUGUUGGAUGAUGAUUUCAAUGCUUAUCUAUCCGACUUCGGACUGGCCAGACUUCUUGGAACUUCGGAGACACAUGCUACAACCGGAGUGGCAGGAACAUUCGGGUACGUUGCUCCUGAAUACGCCAUGACAUGUCGUGUUUCAGAUAAGGCUGAUGUGUAUAGCUACGGUGUGGUGCUUCUCGAGCUGCUAUCAGAUAAGAAAGCAUUGGACCCUUCAUUUUCUUCUUAUGGUAAUGGUUUCAAUAUAGUGGCAUGGGGAUGCAUGCUACUGAGGGAAGGAAGGGCAAAGGAAUUUUUCACUCCUGGAUUAUGGGAUGCAGGCCCAGAAAAAGAUUUGGUAGAGGUUCUACACCUAGCUGUUGUUUGUACUGUUGAUUCAUUAUCAACUAGACCUACAAUGAAACAGGUUGUGAAAAGGCUAAAGCAACUUCAACCUCCACCAUGCUAG